AUGGUUGUCAAUAUGCCUCACCAACUGCAAGUAUGAUGUUGUGCGGCGGACAUCCAAGAAGUUUGGCUUCAAGGAAGUGUCAGAUGAUGAUGACUGGACUCUCUACUGGACAGACUUCUCUGUGGCCCUGGAGAGGGUCAUGGACAUGAAGAAGUACCAGAAAAUCAACCACUUCCCUGGGAUGAAUGAAAUCUGCAGGAAAGAUAUGUUGGCCCGCAACCUCAACAGAAUGCAGAAAAUGUUCCCCAAAGAAUACAAUGUUUUCCCCAAAACCUGGUGCCUUCCUGCCGAUUAUGGUGACUUUCAGGCGUACACCCGUCAGAAGAAAAACAAAACCUAUAUCCUGAAGCCAGAGUCUGGAUGCCAAGGCAAAGGAAUUUGGGUCACGAAAAACCCUAAGGAAAUUAAGCCACAUGAGCACAUGAUCUGUCAAGUUUAUGUAAACAGGCCCUUCUUGAUUGAUGGGUUCAAGUUUGAUCUCCGAAUCUACACGUUAAUAACCUCCUGCGACCCACUUCGAAUUUUUGUCUUCAAGGACGGUCUGGCGAGGUUCGCCACAAACAAAUACAGUGAGCCAACAAACAACAACACUGAUAAUGUGUACAUGCAUCUAACAAACUAUGCCAUCAACAAACACAGUUCAGAUUUUGUACGUGAUGAUGAAGCUGGAAGUAAAAGACGAAUCAGCACAAUAAACAAAUAUCUAAAUGAAAAGGGUUAUGAUGUGGACAAGCUUUGGUCUGACAUCGAUGACGUAAUCAUCAAGACCCUUAUCUCUGCACACUCUGUGCUCAAACACAACUACCGCACUUGCUUCCCAAACCAUGUGAAGGGCAGUGCUUGCUUUGAAAUCUUGGGCAUCGACAUCCUGGUGGACAGGAGGCUCAAGCCAAGUAUUCUUGAGGUGAACCACUCCCCCAGCUUCACCACAGAUUCCCAGCUGGAUAGGGAAAUCAAAGGGACUCUGAUCUGGGACACCCUGGGCCUCAUCAACUUUGGGGCUGUCGACCGUAAGAAGUGCAUGGAGGAGGAGCGCAAGAGAAUCAAGGACAGGCUGCUCGGGAAGUACACCAAGAAAGAGACAAAGGAGGAAUUAGAAGCUGCCCAGACUCAAUAUGUAGAACAGUUGGAGAGGUAUGAAAAUGGUCACAUGGGGAAUUUCCGACGCAUCUACCCAUUGCCAGGCUCGGAGAAAUAUGACAAGUACUUUCACAGUAGUGGCACAUUGUUUCAGGAGACUGCGGCUUUUAAAGCUCGCCAGGAGAUGGCCAGACAACAAAGAGAGGAAAUAUUGCGGAAGAAAGAAAGGAAUGAAAUGAUGCUGAAAGGGAAGGGGAGAAAAGACGGAGUGAGACCUGAGAGCCCGGGACGGAAGAGGCGUCUUGGUCAGAGGCCCACACUGCCCUUACGACAUCUUCACAGCCAGAGGCAACAGACAGCUGAGCCUUCUCAAAAGUCACCUGCACUUUGCUCUCCUCAGACUGUCAGUGUCACCCCAAUCCUUUAUUACUCAAAAACCAUGCCUGCCUCUGUUGACAUGCGAGAAGAUGAGCCAGUGGACACCUUGAAGCCUCUGGACAUUGUGGAGGACGAGGAGCUGGAGCGUCUGUCGGGUCUUCUCCAGCGCGACAACCUGGUGCGGGGCCUGGGCAUCGUGGAGCACGUUUACCGUCUGCUGCACUGCACACCUGGCACUGUGGGCAUCGUGAGGCCCGAGCAGAGGCCUGGUCAGGCUGGGGCUGGUCACAGUCACACACUGGCUGACUCCCUGGAAGCAUCACAGGGCUCCUCACACAUGCUUCACUCAACUAACAGUCCUCCUGAGCAAGCCCUAGAGCAGAUGCUUUAUUCACAUACCAGCCACGGCCCUAAUAGCCUUAGUGCCUUCCGCAUGCUUAGCACCUCCAACACUGUCAACGCCACUAACUCUUUGUCUCAAGCUAGCGCACAUCAUAUCCCCAACUCUAAUCUCACCUCAUCUGGUGGUGGCUUGGUCACUUCUUCUGGCCUCACUAACCCCCUCACUAAUUCAGAGCACACGAAACAACAGCCAGUCAUAUUGCACUCGUCACCAGUCACAGCUGUAUUCAAUAAGUCCACUCUCAUGCACCUCGCCUCUUCCUCAUCCAUUCCUCUUCCGUCGUCUGCCACCGCCCAUGGCAAAGGCAGGGCUUCAUCUCCCUCUAGCACAGUGAGAUUCUUGCAAUCUCAGCUCAAUCGAUCCCCUAGCCCAUCUCCCUCUGCACCUUUCUCUUCUCUCAUGACACAUCAGCUUCCCUCUAGUCCCUCUCACCAGCGCGCUGUGUCUGCCUAUCCUGCCCACAAGGUACCCACGAAACAAACACAUUCUCUCAGCACUGGCAACCUUCUGCACUCCAACCUAGCUUUCCCAUCAUCUCCUUACCAUUCUUUGCGACUGCUGGCUAAGCAUCAGGCUUCUUCCUCACUUCAGCCAAGCUAUGCCCAGAGAUGGCAGAACCGAGGCGCUUCUUUGGCUAAUCUCAAUGAACGAACAGUGCCAGCGUAUCAAAGAUCUAAGCUGGCCAGGAAGCCACUGGGAGCUGUGUCCCGACCAGGCCCUAUGAUGGCCACAGCACAAGAGGUGGAAUAUCGCAGUGUUUCCAACAUGUUGGAGACGGAGGCUGAGAGAAAUCGCUUACUGGCCAAGUCAGGCUACCACUCAGACUGGAAGUCUGACAGUAGCACACCUUCAAGAAUCCGGGCCAUGAGUGGGAAGCACAGAGAUCACGAAACAGCUCGGAUUGUUCCUCAACAAAUGUCUGGUGGACUGUCUGUGGUGUCAGCUCCAGCCCCUGUCUCUCUCAGGCCAGAAAUGAGCUCACCUGGCACGGGCUUCGCACGGAUGCCGCCCCCUCAGGUUACCGCUGCCGACAACAGCCACAGGUCCACGAAAUCUCAAAGAGCAAGAGGUGCCUCGAAUAACAUGCGGCUGAGACAGUUGGAAUUAAGAGAAAAUCAGGCUUUUGUGUAUAGCUGAUCUUGUGUGCUUGAGUGUUGAGGCUAGUAUGCAAUGUCUGAGCAACAGAAGAGGCUGGGAUUCUCUGCUUAUAUUUAUUGAACUCGCUGAGUGCUGCAUAGUUUGAUGUAAGCAAAUCUGUGAUAUAUAUUUUAACAAAGUGUGCAUGAAUGCAUGCUCUGUUGCUCUAUCAAAUUUUGGAUUUCAGAACGCUUAUAUUUAUGAUGUACAAAGAAGAAACUGUAAAUAACAUUUAUGAACUUUUUUCUUUGGUUCCCUUUAGUUGUUCAGUGUUUUGCAUUUUCUUGGAGUCAUGAGUUGAUUUAUUUUCAGUGAAUAAUAUCUAUUUAACAGAAGUGCCGUCGAUGUUUGGGUAUCAUAAACAGCAGAUAUAACGCUGCUUCUUUGUAGGAAUAUGUCUGUGAUGGUUUGAUGUACUGUACAGUAAAUCAUAACACAAGUGUCAUAGUGUGUAAUUUUUACAUCAUUCAUACUCAUACAAAAACUUUCCAUUUAUGUUUACAUUCAUAUGUAUGGGAAAAAAUACAUUUUUCUACAGUCUUAUGUGAUAUUUGAUUUUAUCAAAAUUUUCUUGUAUUGAAGUUUUAUUCCACUGACUUCCAGUACUAUUAGACAUCAGCAGCAUCAAAUUGAAUAUAUAUAUAAUGUGUAUAUUGAACCUAAUUUCAGCAUAAUAUAUGGAUUUUAAUUAAUUUUAUUUAUUUAUCUUGAUCAACAUUAUGGAAAUUAUGCUCAAGUAGCUUAUUUGGAGUAGGAUGAGUGCCAUUCCCAUCUAAAUCCGGUAAUUACUUUGCCUUUUAAACCCCCCCCCCCUCGUCCAUUUUUUAAUACACAAAAUAUUUGUCCUCUGCAUUCUUGCAAUGCUGUGAAUUGACAUUAAAUUCUGUGCUUUGUGCCUUAGCUGAAGAUACAUGUGUGAUGCUAAGAAUUACUCAUACAUUUCCAAGGUAAACAUCUCUGUAUGUCCUGUGGACGUUUCUUGUAUUGAAUGAAAUAUUUAAUUGAACAAUUAAUGAGAUCAUGUUGGCAAUAUGUUGAGUGAUAAUUUGAUUGCAUUUGUCAUAUUAUGUCACAUUCUGAGUAAUUAAAAAAGCAGGAAUUGUCUGUUUGCCACCUGCACAUAUUUUUAGGGGGGUUGAAAUUGAAAUUUUAUUAAAUUAACUUCACAUUCAAUGAUAUUGGAUUCCACGGAACACCCAGGGCACUGAAAAGAGAAAAAAAUCACUUUAUUUUGUAGAAAUAUUCAUCAAGGAUUGACCUUGAAUCGCAUAAGUUCUUAACUAAUAGUAAAUUAGCUGUUCCUUCAACAAAACAGCCCCUCCAACUAAAAAGUAAUUGUGUACUUUUUUUCUCAUGGCAGAACUUCCAGUUUCACAUAUUUAGUAAUGUUAUGAUUUAGACCCUGCCAGAAAUAUAAAAGUGAGGAGCAUGAUUGCAGUGGUCAAAGGAGGCAAAGAGGUGGGGGAUGAAUUCCACAUCUCUCUCUCUCUAUGCUUGGCUCCACGUCACGAUUAUGUCGUUUCUUACAUUGCCAGUGGUUAAGUGGCUCCUGAACGGUGAAUGGUAUCAAUUAAUUCAAUUGUCUCAAGUGAGCCUUAGCACAAGCAUGGGGCCCAAGUUUUCUAUUGAUGAGUGAGAUGCCUGGUCUAGGUGGGAAAUAAACAUUGCAAGAGAAUGAACUAUACAAAGAUAGACUUGUGCUCCUCAUUUUGUCAGUUCAGUUCUCAGCAUUAACUGUAAUCUAGGCUACUAGUUGUAAGCCUAUACAUUUCCAGUCGGUCCAAGGAAAAAAAUGUCUUUUGUAUUGAUUUGAUUGGGGAAGUCAGUAGGACAUAAAAAUGAUGCCAAUGAUUGUGCAAAUAUGACAUUGCAACCUAGCACAUGAAGAAUACACAUUGUCAUGGUUUGAUCAGUCUAAAAUGCUCAUGCUUGUGUAGAUCUUUUCUUCCUCUCCAACCUCAGAUAUGGUAACCCAACAUCGGACCAGACAAAUUCUGCGGAUGUAAGAUUCACUCUACAAUACUUAACUGAAAUUCCUCAGGGAUCUCUGAAAUUUUAUCAGCUCAAAUCUUGAGUUGAAAAUAAAAAGGUUAUUGUAUUUCUUCCUAGAACUCUCUUCCAAACACUAUUGAUAUUCAAGAGAAAGUGACUUACUAUGUCCUUACUGGAUUCUUAAUUUGAAGCUUCUAAAUUGGUGCGGCUUAAUUUUAAAAAAAAAUAUUGUGUGAGGUAAAACUUUUCUGACUCUGUAGUAAAAAAAAAGUCGCCCACCAAACAUUUGUUGACAUUCAAGUUCAAGCCAGGAAAUACUGGGUGAAGAACUUGUUCAUAGUUUAAAACAAUACUGUAUGUCCAUUAAAACGUGGUAUGCAACAUGCACCGGUAAUAUUAAUAUUUCCUCCAGUUGUUUGUGUACAUCUUGGCUACAUUUGCAGACUUGUUUUGGAAAGUGACCUCAAGCAACUCAAUCUUCUAUCUCAGGAUGAUUACAGUGGGUGUUGCAUUCGACAAGGUUGCCGGGGCCUGCUUGUUGUCCUCAUUGGAUCCGACCUCUCGUUGAGCGUGACUAAGGCUGAAGAAAAGAAACUAGACAAGUUAUUAUAUUACAUGAUGUACCAAAACCGGUAGAUCUAAUUAAAACAGUUGUUCCCCCUGAUGACAAAAAAUCUCAAACACUAACAGCUUCAGUGUGCGCGUGUUUGAGUUGUGUUCUGACAAUUUCUGCAUCUUUAAAUAUUUUUUUCCUGGAAGGCUUCUCUUGUGGAAACAUAUACCCUCUCACAUCUAGGCCUAGAUCUACAUAAAGUUAAGGUGGGAGCUUGGAUUUUCUGAUCAGGGGAAGAAAA